CUGUCACGUGUGUUUAUUUAUUGUCGGUGGCCUGGUACCUUUCUCCGUUCCUCCGUUCCUCCGUGAUUCAGAUGUACCGACCUCCGGCCAGACCUCAGCGGAGUCCCGGAGCUCCUCGGGCCGCCGGAAGGUUCCCGUCCCCGGUGUCCUGCUGGGGUUUCCCCGGGGCCCGGUCCCCGUACGGAGGCUCCCCUCGGGCCUGCCCCCCCUACUCCCCGGGCUCUCCGGUCUACUCCGCCGGUUCCAACCGAGGGCACAGCUACGGUUCCCCGGUCGGGUUCGGUGGCGGGUCCCGGGGCUUCGGUGGUCAGAUGCGGCGCAGAGGCGACGGGUUCCGGCGGCCUCUGUCCAGCCCGUCCUCCGGUCCGGAGCUCCAGUCACGGUCGUCGGAGCCUCCGGUGGAGAAGUAUUUCAGUCCGUCCAUGCUGCAGGAUCCCUGGAAGACUCUGCAUCCCGUCACCACGGUGGACGCCGCCGCCGCCCGGAGGACGGCCACGUGACAGCAAGCAAACCUGGAUCAGACGUCUUUCUACUAGUGGACUGGAGAUUUUAAACUAAUGAUUAUCAGUUUUUAGUUUUCAUCUUUUAAACUGUUUGUUAAAAAAAAAUCAAUUUGUUUUUCAUUUCAAAAUUUUAAGAAAAGUUUCAUAUUGUCCCUUUAAUCCAUUUAUCUGGUUUUAAAGUGUAAGUGAAAAUAAAUGUGAUUUGGUCCAAUGAGUUAA